AUGGGCGCUGCUAUCCCCACCUGGGCACUAUACCCCCCUGGCUAUAACACAUGUGCACCUGGCGGGUGCUGGUCCUUGCGCAGCGGCUUGGACUGCUUGAGGAUGAAGUCGAAGGUGCUGCGCCGCGACGCACUCGCCUUCUUCUUUGGCGCCGCUGGCUUGCCUGCUAGGGCUUACCAAAAGAACGAACUAUCUCACACUGCCGCCCACCUGUCAUCGCUCACUGCCGCCGCCCACCUGUCAUCGCUCACUGCCGCCCACCUGUCAUCGCUCACUGCCGCCCACCUGUCAUCGCUCACUGCCGCCCACCUGUCAUCGCUCACUGCUGCCCACCUGUCAUCGCUCACUGCCGCCCACCUGCCCACCACUCACGCUGCCCCACCUGCCACCCCUCACUGCCGCCCACCUGUCAUCGCUCACUGCCGCCCACCUGUCAUCGCUCACUGCCGCCCACCUGUCAUCGCUCACUGCCGCCCACCUGCCCACCACUCACGCUGCCCCACCUGCCACCCCUCACUGCCGCCCACCUGUCAUCGCUCACUGCCGCCCACCUGUCAUCGCUCACUGCCGCCCACCAGUCAUCGCUCACUGCCGCCCACCUGUCAUCGCUCACUGCCGCCCACCUGUCAUCGCUCACUGCCGCCCACCUGCCCACCACUCACGCUGCCCCACCUGCCACCCCUCACUGCCGCCCACCUGUCAUCGCUCACUGCCGCCCACCUGUCAUCGCUCACUGCCGCCCACCUGUCAUCGCUCACUGCCGCCCACCUGUCAUCGCUCACUGCCGCCCACCUGUCAUCGCUCACUGCUGCCCACCUGUCAUCGCUCACUGCCGCCCACCUGCCCACCACUCACGCUGCCCCACCUGCCACCCCUCACUGCCGCCCACCUGCCGCCUGCUUCUGA